AGAGUCAGAGCUCGCGGGUUUGUUUUGAGCACUGACAGGGAAAAGAAAAAAAGAAAAAAAAAAUGAGUGAGCGGGACACAGAGAUUUUCUGAGUUAAUUUGUGAAUUAGUAGUGCACAAACCAGUGUGUAGAUUGUGUCUUAUGAUUGUUCCCACAACAACCGGUGAGACGAGUGACAAGCUGCAUAUUGAGAAACGGGAAGAAUUUCUGCACGAAGUUCAGCGACUGUUUAUUUUUGUGUUACUGCUAAUAUUAACGCUUAGCUAAAUUUAAGUAUAGGCUGGAGUCCGUUCAUUACAAGUGAAUGACAUUUUCUAGCUAAAGUUUGACUACCUCAGUUGAACUGUUCGAGGGGUUUAUCUGCUGUUUUCGACCUGAAGACAGGGAAGAGACUCAGACUGGGCUUGGAUUUACCAGGAUUUCUCUCGUGGGUUUACCGAAACUGUGAGGAGAAAAGAGAAAUCAAUGGAGUUCGUGCUGAAAUGCUGAUCGGACGCGGAGCCUGCUCAUGUGAUUGUUGGAGAAAGACUGGACAGAAACGUUAUCUUAAGGUAUUUUUCCUUUUGUUUGCUCGUUGACGAGUGAAACGGCCAUUAUUUUUGGGCCACAACGAACACAAGCAUCGCAUCAGGCCUGCUACGUGUAUCUGCUGUCACGAAUGCCUCAGUCUGUCGUCUAAACGUCUGGACAUGAACCUCUUUCAGGAGUCCCGCUGCUCCAUUUUAGGAGUUCUCCUGGUUUUCCUUCUCCAAGGGUCAUGUGCUGAUCCAGAUGUUGAGGUGCACAAAGCUGUUGGAGACUCACUGGAAUUAAUCGCUGAUUAUCCAAAAGAUGGUCUUGAAGUGCUGUGGAAAUAUAAUGAUACUACAUUUGCUGAGUAUCGAAAUGAUGAUCUCCAAAAAGUGAAAUCUGAAUUAUUAAACAGGUCAAAGAUGAACAAGAACAAUAUUAGUGUAACAGUAACAGACCUUACACUCCAGGAUUCUGGAAGAUUCUCUAUUGUUGCAGAAAGUAAAUCUGAACAAUAUAAAUCAAAACACUUUGUACUACAUGUUCAUGAUCUCAUCAGAGAGGUAAAGAUUGAGGACAGUUAUGUCUGGCUGCAAUCAGAAAACAUCUGCAUGUUUCAUCUUCGGUGUGUGGCGUCUGGUGAUCAGAAUCUCUCCUACAGCUGGAUCAGUCCUCAGACUCAAGGACCACAGCUGAAUAUCAACCUCAGUUUAGCAGAGAGCGCUACACUCAACUGCACAGCCAACAACACCGUCAGCGUUAAGUACACUACCAAGACUGUAGUGUGCACAGACAAAUCUGAGGGUCAGCAGUUCUGUGUUAAAAGUUAAAUGCUUAAAUUCUCGAAGGAUUAUACAGUUUACAAAAAGAUUACUAUGAAAUAAAGACAAACUUAGAAACGGGCCACUCAUUUUUGGAGGCUCAUUUAAAUGACGAUAUAUGUAUAUUUGUUGAUUUGCUCUUAAAUGAUCUUGUUAGAUUAUAAUUCAUCAUGAUAUGUUCAUGAGCAGUUUUAGGAUAUGUACAUAUAAACAACAUUAACACAAUUAAAUCUCUUCAAGCCACCAA